GUGGCGGCGCGCCUGCGCAGUGCAUCCAGAGGCUCGGUGGAAAUCGGUGCUGAAGUGGGGCGGAUGGCAGAAAAACAGCGGCGAUGGACUUUACACCGCAGGAUUCCCAUAUACUAUGUAGUAUGUAAAGCGUCGAAACGUCGUGUUUCCACAACUGUCACUCUAGGACACUGACAGCCCGACCUAAAGGGAUGCUGUACAUUCACCACCCCUCUGUGCUCUCAUGUUCAUAAAUGAUCCUUUCACCAAAAUCCAAGGAAGAUUAGAAGGCAGCAGGGAGAGAAGGAAGAGAAGAAGUUGGGAAGUAAAAGGAGAGUUUUCCCACCUCAGCUCAUUUUUGAUGUCCUUCUCAGUGCCAUGCAAUCAGGGAUGGUGACACCAGUAACCUCUUUUCCCUGUGCUAAAAAGAAGUCCCACCUCAUCCUCGCUUUGUCCUGCAUCUCCAGAGAGCCAAAUAGUCCACUUGCCAAAAAGACACUCCGACAGUCAACCGGCUUUCUACCAUCCAGCAACCAAUUACCUCACGCCAUGACUGCUCUGUCUGACCUGUGUUUAGGAACUCAUUAAUUCAUGCCCCACAGUGUGAGUGGAGUGGAGAUGAGAAAAAGGCAGGCGGCUCACAUCGAGGCCCCACCCCAGGCUCCUGGACAGCCCAGACCUAACACCUGCUGCCUCUGUUGGUGCGGCUGCUGCAAGUGUCUCUGGAAUGAAGACAGAAUCGAAAGAACUGAACGCCAAACCUGCACCAAAAUGGACAGUAUUGAAGCUGCAGAAGAACAACAUCCCAGUUUAGAAGAGGUUCUGUCGUGGGCACGGAGCUUCGAGUUGUUGCUGCGAUCGUUGGAGGGCAGGGAGGUCUUCCGGGAGUUUCUGCGCUCCGAGUAUAGCGAAGACAACCUGCUUUUCUGGUUGGCCUGUGAUGAGCUGAAGAAGGAGACGAACCCCUCAACCGUAGAUGAGAAGGCCAGGAUUAUUUACGAAGAUUAUGUCUCUAUAUUAUCACCCAAAGAGGUGAGUUUGGACUCGCGGGUAAGAGAAGGAAUAAACCAGAGUCUAGCGGAGCCCAGCAGCCUGAUGUACGAAGAUGCCCAACUCCAGAUUUACACACUGAUGCAUCGAGACUCCUUCCCCCGUUUCCUCAACUCCUCCGUUUACAGAGACCUCCUGGCCAGCAGGAGGCGCACCUGCCUCGACACCUAAACCUCUCCCAAACGUUUGUCAUUGCCAACGUACGCCAACAAGACUACUACUUAAACUUCAGAUUCCACUAUGGUGCCAGAAGUCAGGUUUGGAAAAAUCUCUCGCUCUGUUCUGAUGGAAAGGACUGAAUAACAUCCAAAAUAGCUGGUAUUUUUUUUUGGUUUUUAAGUUGUGUUUUUAAGCAAUUUCUAUCCAGUUGUCCACUGGAGCCAGGUCAGCCUUUGCUGGCUGCCUAUUGGUGAGUUUGAGACAAUUGAAGCUGGCCAGUGGUUGUUUAGCUAGCGAUUUGAGCAGUUUGUUCCAGUUGACCGGCCGAUUGAUCAGCGACUGGUGGAAGCGGCCAACCCGAAGCCCAGGUGUUGGUUAACGAGGACUCCUCAGGUUGUGAGAACAGAAAGAGAGAGGAAUAAAGGACAAACCCACUGUUCCUGUACUGUACAAUUUAAACCUCAUGCUUGUUACUGUCAUUUUAGGAUCCUGUAUUUCAGUCACACAUUCAUUUAUAUUUUUUUCCAAGUUUAUCUCAUUUCUCAGCUGUUUAACAUUGUUUUUGCUGUUCUAUUUCUUCACGGUCCAAUCAUGACAUCCAGUGGUAGGUGGGAAUUGGGGAAUCUUUGCCUUUUUAACCAGUAGAAGCAUUAGCUCAGCAUGCAGCACUCUCUCUACUGUAGCUUAAUGAUAAAAGCCGCGGACUGCAACUGUUUUUGAAUUUUGAGUGGUAUUAAGGCAGGGGAGCUGGAUCCCUGUCUGAUCGCCAUGUUCAAUCAAGGGAAAAGAGUACACUUGUGCAUUUAUUUAUUUUUUCUGAAGAGAUAUUAAAGCUGCUGCUGUAGAGGUGCUGCUCUGACCAGCCAUUUAUAUAGUUCCAUCUAUCCACCCAUCCAUCUAUCUGUUCAAGCACUUUCCUCCAUCAGGAUUAUUUAACCGGGAGAAGUAAGGGCUAGAAUUGUGGUUGGGCAGCUACAUCUCAUGAACUUAAAAUAAAAAAUCUCUGCUGAGAAAUUCACAAUGCCUUUGCGUGUAAGAAAAGGCAUCGCAAGCACUGCUAGAGAUUUGUCCAACAACUUCUAUCGCCCAUCCUUUUUCUGUCCCCCUCUCCACCUGCUUACAAUUUUAACCAUCACAACCUGGCAAAGUGUGGGUUCUCAGUUUGGGCAAAACCCAAGACUGGAGAAUAAAAUAAAUAAGAAACGGAAUAAAAUAGACAUGCAUAUUGUUUCUGUGAAUUUGGCAUUAUAGGAAAGCCGGUUUUGUUUGGACAACAGUAGCAAACGUAAAGCCUGAUCUUUGUUUGAAAGGCUGUAGAUGUCGCAGGUUACAUAACAGUUAACGAGAGCUAAACAAGAUAUUUGAGCAGAAAUGGGUGUCAAACCGUAUUUCCAAUAUGCUGUGAAGAGAUAUUUGCUUUGACUUGCUUUUCUGGUACACGGUAGUCCCUUGGAGCAGUUAAUUGCUGCCCAAGAGCAGUUUUAUUCAUUUUUUCAUUAGCUGGAGAGGAGGGCUGAAUAAAUGAUGCUACCAUGCUACCACAUCAGGCGGGCAAAGACAUUUGCGUAGUCAUGCUCUACACAAGCCUUUAAAAAAAUUUUUUUUUAAAGAACAAAAACACAGAAGGCAAAUGGGUUUAAGCAUGCUGCAGACAAGCAGGUAGCAUGCUAAUCUUCCCUUCUACUGCCAGCCCUCACACACACAUACACACACUGGUUUAUUUUUCUAACUUGACUUAAACAGCAUGUAGUCAUUGUGUGUGUGUGUGUGUGUGUGUGUGUGUGUGUGUGUGUGUGUGUGUGUGUGUGUGUGUGUGUGUGUGUGUGUGUGUGUGUGUGUGUGUGUGUGUGUGUGUGUGUGUGUGUGUGUGUGUGUGUGUGUGUGUGUGUGUGUGCAUACAAUACAGAAAUAGAUUUACCAGGAAAUAAUAAAAGCGGAUGGGGUUUUUUGCCAAAUAUCUCAUUAAUAUUUUGUUAGAAUAUAAAAACAGACUUUUUUAUGAUGUAAACAUUUGCAGUAGAAGGUGCAUGAGUGCAAAAUAAGCAAGCUUCUUUGCACACUGGCCAUGUCUAUUGGUGAAUAUCUGAUCUUGUUGGUGUCAAAGGUGUUCCAGAAAAUGGCGGAACAGAUAAAUACGGCCGACUUUUUUUAACUACCUGAACUUCACGUGCCAAGCGCGGUCCAGACGACAGGAUAAUUAAUUGGCUUCAAUUACUGGGGUUCGAUUAGGGUUACUCUGAGAAGCUAUCUCAUUUUUUUAGACUGUCAGAAAGUCAUCUUAACCAAAAAAAAAAAAAAAAGAUAAUUCAGAAUAAACAAGGUGCUGUACUGGUUGCACGUUUUGCUAAAUAGAUGAAUAACGGCCUGUUAUAAUUUAUUAUUUUUUGUAAGGUAAAGACGUUAAAACUAGGGAUGUUUGAUAUUGGCUUCUUAAUGUAUCCAUUACAUCUGAUAUAGGUAUAGACUCUUAAAGUGGCAGUGUGUAUUUUCCUGGCGCUAAGGGGCAGUCAAGCCCCCACAAUGCGGCUCAAAAAUUGAAACAGUCCCGGAAGUACCAAAAAUUGCAGUUCCACCCUCAUCCGCUGGGGGCUGGUGUCAGAAGCGAGCAAAUCCUCAUUGACUCCCAUGUUAAAAACACCAAUUUCACAGCAGAAAUAAACAUGUUUACAGCCUGGUUCCAGAACAUGUUUUUUGUUUAAAUUAUCUAGUUUACACUCAUGACAACUCUGAGGGGGGUGAAUUUUUUUCUCACUCUUCUGUUUAAGUCUAUUAAAAGCCUAAAAUUCUGUAUAAUUAAUGAGCAUCAGACCCACGUGACCACAGAGCUAGCUCCGUGGAAAGGCCUCAGUAGAGCCUCGGUCUGGCUUGGAAACUGUUCCGGGAUUUUGACUCUCUGUGUUUGUGUAUUCUUUUUUGGACAUUAUUUGUGCAAUUGUUGGACAAAAUGACUUGCUGUGGCAUUAAUUGCACUAAUAGAGCGUCCAAGGAGUCUCCACUUCAUUUUUUAACAUAAUGCUGCACUUUAGAAAAUGGGUUGAAAUAUAACAUGUUGGUGGAGCUGGGUUCCGACUAUCGGCUUGUGGAGCUCUCGGGAGACCUCUGUUUUCCACCCGUUCUCCCCUCCCCGUAGCUCGGCGCAUCUCUGUCUGCUGCACGGGCUGCUGGCUGGUUCUCCCCUCCCCGCAGCUCGGCGCAUCUCUGUCUGAUCGCGGCUUCUGUCUGCUGCGCAGGCUGCCGGCUUGUGGAGCUCAGGGAUGGAAACCUUUCCACCCGGUUCUCUCCAGCGUUAGCUCUGUGCAUCUCCGAUCGCAGCGGCGCUUGUCUGCUGUGCGGCUGCCGGCUUGUGGAGCUCUCGGUGACCUCUGUGUUCCACCCGGUUUUACCCAGCAGAUCUUUGACUCAGAAGCUCUGGUGUUGUGCACAGUUAACUCCGGUUGUAGCUAGGUUGCUACCUCCGUUAGCUUAGCUCCCACCUCCAUGUUAGCUUUGGGUUAGCUUCAGGUUAGCUUGUAGCUAGUUCGACCGGGUGUCGUCAGUUGUUCCCAGCCUUACUGCCCCACCUCACUUCCCUUUUGUGGAAUUGUCUGGGCUUGACGGAACCUGUGACACGGUCAAAAUGGCGGUGGUGGCCACCUCCCAUUUAUCUUCAAAAAUGUGUUAUUGGAGCCUUUGAAAACCCAUUGUCCAAUAUUUAUAUGUCGAUGGGGGCAGUACAUACAUUUCAGGGUAGUUUUACACCAUAUCGCCGUGACUGUCGUUAGUUUAAGAAAACAUCACGGUAAAUGUUACAUGUGGAGCAGAAAGCACACAACCUCAGCGUGACUCCUCAGCCUUUGAUUCAAAUUCAGUUCAAUUCAAUUCAAAUUCAAAGAUACUUUAUUAAUCCCAGAGGGAAACUAGAGUUUCAGUACACACAAUUCUGAGAUCAGACAUACUUACAUAGGCAUAGACACAUCGCAACCCGAGUCGCGCUACCUUAAUAGAGAUCAGAGGGUUUAUAUUUGAGGAUUGAGUCAGGUGGAGGAAAAAAAGGCACUUCAGAGUUACCCUCCACAGGAAGGGCAGCAUUGUUAUGCAAAAAGCACCAUUUCUUUGUUAUGCAGAAAUGCAACAGACUUCAGACAUUAAACAACAUAAGUGUCCACUAGGUGGGGAGGAAGGGUUGGGACUCUCCUCACAUCAGUGCAUGCAGCCACGAUGAGCAGCGCUCUUCAUCACUUCCGUUUGGACAGGGGAGGGAGGUAGUUGGGUUUAGAAAGCACAGUGACUCCUGGAAAUGAUUCAACGGCCUUCACCAGUCGAAGUCCCACCCAGGCUGGGACAGGGAGACAGAGUUGCCAUGGCGACGGCAGCAUUCCACAUUUCUUCUGAGGGAGAGUUAUCGCUUCAGCCUCACAGGCUCAAGGGCACCAGAUUCAGAUAAGAACUUGUUUUGGGGCCAGACAGAGAUAAUUUCCUCUCUGUCUUAAAGUUCUGUUGGUCCUCAACCCCUCUAAAUCCAAUAAUGGCGUAAUUAAUCUAUCCCAAUCCGUGCUGAUACGUCGACUUUCUCCUUGAUCGAAUCCACCUUCUGUGCCAGAGUCUGAAUCUCAGCCAAAGUUCCAAGCUUACGACUCAUCUCGACAAUUAUGAGUUUGUGCGUUCACAUCGCGGUGUAAUCCAUCCCUGAGCUCCGAGAUUGAGCCAAUAUUCCUCGACAGCUCAUUCAUUUUCCGGUAAGCCAUGUAACCGCUCAGGCCAAACAGCACGAAACCUGACACCAACACCUUGAAUAUCCAGACGUCUUCAGAAUCCUCUACAGACAGUUGAGUGAGGCAGAUCAGGUUCCACUGUUUCCAGGAGUCCAUGAUAUGCCCAACUGGCUCUGUCCCAGAGGGGCAUCCAGGAGCCCCUUCUCUCGUUCUCAUUGUUGAAAAAAUGUUGUCAAUCGCGUUGAGAGACCAACUGACCAGGUCCAUUUUUAAUAAUUUCCAGUUUCCAGAAAAAAUGCAGAAGCGCCGUCCACCCAAAAACAGACAAAGAGCCUUGGGAUAAGAUAGGGAGGAGAGGAGGAAAAAAGCGUCUGUACUCUCCAAGAGCUGGAAGAAGACAGUCCUUCAGUUAAUUUCGUAGAGAGAAUGAAAUGCCGAUUGUAUUUUUCUGACGCUGUAGUUUCUGGAUCUGCUCUGGGUCCUGCGCUUGACGAUGACGUCGUCGGAUUGUGGCAAUACCGCUCGGCCAACAUUUAUUGCAUCUCUUUUUUGAUUUUGUUCUUUCACAUCAGUUUUGGAAAGAGGUUAGCAGUUUGUUAUUAAAUUUGUGUUUCUCACUGCCAAAAUGUUUUUGAAUGUGGUAACGUAAAUUCCGUAGGUCGUACAUCCAGCCAAUCAUCUAGUGUGACAUCAUCAACAGGCGCAGGACCCCGAGCCGGCUAGAAGGAAACAUGGCGUCUAAUAUGGCGUACCCCAAAGACGCUAGACCCGGACUCCUUUGUCUUUUAGACUCAAUUUUUAUCGUAUUUUUCAAUGGCUGGACAUCAUUUUAUUAGUUUUCAACAACAUUUUGAUUAAUAUUUCCAGAGAUUUAAAGGUAAAAAUACACCCUGUCACUUUAAAUGUGAUAUUGGUGCAAACCAAUACAUGUGGGGUCCCCUUCAUAAAAAAGUAAAGAAAGAAAGAAAAACACAAUUAUUUUAGAUGGCUAACAUCACAUAUCUUCUUUUUAUACUUAAUAUCUGUGCUAAAUAUGACGAAUUCACUUUCAGUUAGGUCAGUUGUGCCAAAUAAACAAAAAUAUAUUAAUACCUUGAAUGUGUCAUGUUUCAUAUUUUCUGAGAGAAGUAGUUAAAGAGUUUGAUGUAUAAUCUGUGCAUGGUAUGUAAAAGUUGUGUUAUUAAAAGACUAAAUACCGAUAACGAAAUUUUCCGAUAUUACAUUUAAUGCCAAGAUCGGCCGAUGAUAUCGGACAUCCCUAGUUAAAACCAAUGAUAUUCCCACAAGUUUCCCUGGUCUCUCACUGAAAUAUACUCUUUAACCUUUGUUAAUGCAGCUCCUAAAGACAAUAUACAUGAAGGUCCACCAGAUCUAUCGCUUUCUGCUUUAAUCAACAGCUGUGCACAUGCAUGCGUCCUGGUAAACAUUUCUAAAAGUGGAGGUCAGUUUUCACACUUGCUCCUUUGAAAAAAAAACGUUUUAUUCGUGGAUGAAUAAAAAUAACUAAAAGCAUUUUUAGAUCUUGCAUUUCUGGAACUUUUCCACUCAUGAAGCUCUGACUGGCAAAAUUACUCCUCUGCACAAUAGUUAUUUCCUUUUUGUCUAUUUGUCAACUAACACAAGAAUGUUUCACCACAAACCAGAUAAUGAAAUCAUGGUGCAAUCAAACCAAGUUUACAUUUAUAAAUGAUGUGAGAUGUGUGUAUCUAAUGGCAUACAUGUAACCGUGAAAAAGCUGAAAGCCAGCAGGUUUAGAGCUGGCGUGAGUCUCUGGGUCUGGUCUUAGAAGAUGGGUAGAAACAGAGCAGAAACCCAUAUUUCCUGCUUUUGUCCUCUCCUCCUAACUUAUUCUGACUUUUACCCAGUGGGGAAAAGUACAUGCUUGUGUAUUUUAGAAAAUGUGGAUUUUACAAGCAAUGAUGAUGAUGUGAACUGAUGUAGUGUCAUCGCUGAGGUUAGAUUUUUGAAAUUUCCAUGGAUUCCAAGUGGGUGUUUGAAACAGGGCUGUGGUUUCAUUGAGAAAAAAACAACAAAAGAAUGGGAGUCAACGUGUCCUGAUGAGAUUGGAGGUCUGCAAAGCUUUGGCCUUACUGACAUGUUUAUUUUUAUUUUUUGUCUUAGUAAUGAAAAAAAAAACAAGAGACAAAUGUCGUCGUAGGCUUUUCACUACCUCUCAUGUUGGUUAAUUUAUUUCACAUCUAGUUUUAAAUGUACAAGAUUUUUUUUCUUUUGUUUUUGCUUUUAGAUCUACUUGAAGCCUAACACUGUAAACAAAAAAUGUGCACUGAAAAAUGAUGAUGUAUAUGACCAGAAAGGUAAAAGAGAGAGAGAGUGAGAGAGCUUGGCCUAGUCAACAUUAUUAUGACUAUUUUUAUUUAAAUGUAUAUUUGUUUUUUAAUUGUGUUGAGCUGAACUAGAGUUUGCAUCUCUAUAAAGAAUUCAGGAAUCCACUGUCUAAGGGCUAAUCCCAUUUUUUGCCUAUGCAAAUCUGUUACUGUGGGCGAGUCGGGAAAGGGCGAGCUACCGUACCUUUCACCUGCUUUAGAUGGACCAUGGUUUACAUUGCCCUUUGCUGAUAUUCUUCAAUCUUAUUCAGCAAAAAUGUAUAACUUAUUUUUCUUUCUUUUAAAUACUAAUAAAAUAUAUACGUACAUAACAAGUAACAUACAAAGAAAAUAGUAUAUGCCUUUCGUGAUGAUGAAAAAGAAACCUUGUUGAAAAGAAAUAAAUGUGUUGUCUGACUUUA